UGUCACUCAGCACCACUCACAAGUCACCAACAUUCUGCAGUCUUUAUGUUGCCCUUCCGGGGUCAACACCAAACCCUCCUAUUCAUUGAAAAAGGCGGUGGAUAUCAUUGGAUAAAUCCUGAUUGGUCAGUGGUUAAAAAGCAAUGAGCGGUUGUGAGAUUUUGGGAGCUGUGGCUGCAGCGAUGCAGCUUAUAUGCAUUGCCACGACUAUUGGUCAGUCAAUAAUUGACUUCCCUGAGAAAUUGAGUCAACUAUCAAACCGCAUAAGAUGUUCCAUUGAACAACUCCAGUUGCUUCGGAAUGCGUUACAGGAUAUUAAAAAAAACCGGCAGCUUCACACUCGGUUCUUCAGUAUCCAGGUGCAAACGAUAUCCACCAAAGUGACUACGCUCAACAAUCUCCUCGAAGAUACGUACUCUAAACUUAAACGGCCGAGGGUGAAAAGGCUCGUCUUCAUUUUGACCAUAAAGAAGGUGGAGAAGCUCAUAAACGAGAACUUCGCGGCUCUAGAAAGCGACAAGAGCAAUCUAUCACUAUACAUCAUGAGCUCCUGUAGGGAAGCUCUAACUUCUCUCCAGAACCCGGCCGAAUCACCCAUUGUAGUUAGGGACCGUAUGCAGAAGGUUGAAACUCCUGAGGACAUUACAAUGAAGGACGGUAUCAUGGAGAGCAGUGCUCCAUGCCGUUGCUUUUUCAACCAUACUGAGCAUCCUGCAUCCAUCAUUAUGUCAAAGAAGCAAAUCCUAUCUACCGAGGAGGAAAUGAAAUUUCAAAGGUCGAUACCGAAUUCGGGACAAAACACUUCCUCCACACCUCACAUAAACGGAGGAAAUGAAAAAAAGGAGUCUGGCAUCCGAUCUAGCGUUAGCCGUAAUGUGAUACGAAAUUCUAGGAAUGUCCUCAUUGGAGGCACCAACGGUCACAACGUCGACGCCGACGAGAAUGAGGUGACCGACACUGAUAGAGUGCUACUCGGGACAUUCGAUUCAAACACAACAACUACAUUUGCGGCUUCUACGUCACCAGACCAGAUGGAUUGGACUUCGAGUUGCUAGCGGUGUAGGGUGAGGGGCUACAGCAGCUCAUUUCACCUUUCACCAGGUAUAAAACGUCACUACUCUAGGGCUUUUUUGACACGUUUCGAGGUUUCAUGGGGUAAUGGAGGCAGGAGGUCAAGUCUCAAGGACCGAAAGCAUCUUCAACUAUGUGGUAUUAGUUAAGAGGGUUUCACAGCUGGGUAACUAUCAUUAGCUAUAUCGCGAUUGGCGUAGCAGUCCACAUGUGGAACUUGACUAUUUACUCCAAAGUGAAAAUUGCAUAAAACCGGG